AUGGCGGCUGGGGAAGCAAUUGAACUUAGCCAACUUCCAAUCCCUCAUUUGGAGAAUCUAAGAUCUCAAUUAGAAGAGGCAAGUUGUUUUUACGUAGAGAAAAUCUCAGGGUAAACCCUACGUAUGCCAUGAGCUAAUUCUGAGUUGUUUUUAGGAGGUAAAAUUGCUUGGAGAUUCCAUGGCUCAGUUAAAGGUCGCCCAACAAAAGUUUGGAGAUUCUAAAGAAAAUGUAAAGAAACUGAACAACAAGGAAUCAGGUGGGUUUGUUUAUAACUUCUUUUAUCUAAUCGUUCUUUUUCCAUACAAGUUGUUUGAUUUGCCUGAUUUUUUUUUAUUCCCGAUCACUUUUUACAAUUUUUAGGAAAAGACAUACUUGUGCCAUUAACAAGCUCUGUAUCCUUUUUGCUCCUUUUGCAUUUAACAUUAAAAGUAUACUUUACUUUCACAUAAGUAAAGAAAUAAAUAUGUAACUGAUUACAUUUUUAGAAUACCUAGCCUGAGAAAACAGUCGCGAUUUCGUGAUUACAUUGCUGGUUUCACCACGAAAUAUUUACAUCUGAGGAGCGGGUGCAGAAGUUCCGAUCCAUACUCACUGAUAAUUUUCUUCCAAUUAGUUGCAUCAAAUUUUAAAGCAACCAGAAGCUUUACUCAGAUCUGCAAUGUAGUGAUGUGUCAUCAGUAUGGAAUUUCUGCUCUUGUUCCUCAGAUGCCAUUUUGUGGGGGUGAGGACAAAACAUGGACUCGGGGUCCGUGGACCCCCAGUUUUGGACAGGGUUCAAAAUAAAAGUAGUUCUCUGUUUUAUUUUUUUUAUCCAAGCCAUCUUCCCCUUUUAUUCUCUGAAAAGCGAAUGAAUUUAUGCAAAACCCCACAUUCUUGACGAACUAGUAGCAAAAUGUCACUGGGUCAUCAGUUGUUAAAACUGUCAUGUGCCACCCUCAUUAAAUAACGCUAUCUGUAUAUCUAUUUGUAAAGACUAUUGUAAGUUAAAAAUAAAUAAAUGCAUUAUUUCAUCCUUGAGUCACCUCAGAUGUAUGUCCCCGGAACACUUGAAAAUACUGAAUCUGUUUUAGUGAAUAUUGGAACCGGCUACUUCGUAGAAAAGGUAAUGAUUAUUUUCAGGAAUGUGAAUCUUUUAGUUUCUUUUUUCCUUGAAGCCGUAGUUUAAUGUUUGCAAGUUUACUUUUUGGAAUAGCCUACAUAGCAGGUAUCAAAAGGGUUAGGGAAUCAGGAGCCCAGAGGGGUGGGGGUGGGGGUACUCCAGAAUUUUUUGGGUUUGAAAUUUUCAAUUCCAGGAUUUUUUGGGUAGUAAAAUUUGGCAAGUAUUUUUUUGGGUGGCCUGAUUUAAGUAGGGAUUUUUUUGGUGAUUCAGAACAUGAUAGUGCCCGCGUGUCCCAGCCGCGUCAUUUUGCGAUUUAAAUACAACCAAUUUUGUUUUCCUUUCUGGAGAUUUUUAAGGCUCAGAAAUUCAGCAUGGGAUUUUUUUUGUGGUUAAUUUUUGGUCCAGGAACUUUUUGGGGGUUUUGUUUGAAGCCCUAGGGAUUUUUUUUGGUUUUGAUAUUUGGCCCCAUUCAAUCCUCCCUGUCACUUGAAAUCCGAAGUACCCCCCCACCCUCCACCCCCCACCCCCGGGAUUGGGAGAAGGGAAAAAGGAAGGCUUUUCUCUCCCUCCCCAUUUUUUGUAUCUGCGGGGCAGUCUGUUUAGGAAAAGUGCGAGCUUACAUCACAUCUAGUUGAUUAUCGAUAAUUCUUAACUUUACUUAUUAUUUGUUUUGUCUUUCAUCUAGGGACUAAAAGAAGCUGAGCAAUAUUUUGGUAGAAAAGUUGAUCUAGUAACCAAGCAGCUGGAACUCCUUCAACCAAAAUUACUUGAAAAACAUAAACUAAAACAAGGUAUGUAGGAAACUCAAAGAUGACUGUGGGUGUCAUCCAUUCAACAAUAAAUUCUGGUUUGAAAUCAAGAAAGUUCCAUGUAUGAAAUGAAACAUGUCACAGGUUUUUUAUUUAUUUAAAAAUUUCAAGCAUUUUUUUUGUGGCAUUUUCUUGCCAGUUGAUUCCAUGGUGGAUGGUUUCUCAAACUCGGAACAAUUCCUCAAAGUUUUGUAAAAUUUACUAUUCAUUCUAUGAGUUUUGACAUUUUUACCAAAUGACUAGUUCCCAGUUACAUUUAUUUUAUUUAACUUUUAGAUAUGUUGUAGUCUUAUAUCAGUGGCUAUUUUAAAAUUCUGAAGAUGUCAUAGUGCAAAUUGAACUUUCUGCCUAUGCAUAAAGCCAUGUUGAAUAAGUUAGACAGUUUCAAAGGCCUAAAAGGUUUUAUUUUAUUUUCUAUAAUUUUAUUAUACACCUGUCCUGUUGAAUUAAAGUAAAGUUUGUUUGAAAAAGGAUUCUUUUGAAGAAGGGCAAUCAUUUUUGUUACAAAUUAUUUGAAGUUAGCAAUGACUGUCUGUUUCCUGAAAAGUGAGAUAACUUGAUUUAUUUAAAGAUACUUCUUGAGAGACCAACAAUCCUUUAGGAAAACCACAUAUUCAUAAAAAUUGCCUUUUCUCUUUGGAAUUGUGUGUUAAACAAACAUAUUGUGAAUAUGCCAGGAAUAAAAAGGAAAUUGCUAUCUACAUGUAAAUACGGAUGUCAAUGCCCCCUGACAUCCCAUAGUGGUUUUUAAAUUCAUUUAAUUGACUAUGGCUUUUUUGUGUUCCUUUGCAGCUGUUCAAGACAUGUUGAAUAUGAAGGUGCAAGCUCAAAUCCAGUCUCAGCUAGGUGGAAUUCCUUCAAAGACUUAAACAUGUUCUCAAUUUUCUCUGUCAAAGCGACUUGCAUUGCAAAGCUCUUGGACUCACAAAUUCUGCUUUAACUUCACUUUUGUUGUUUGGAUCUACAGUGUACAAGGAAGCUAAUGUUAACUUUCACAGGACUCCAAACUUGUAACGGAAAUUCUGAUUUUCCCCCACACUGAGAAUAGAGACUUUAUUCUCAGUAACUUGUUCUAGACAUUUCUCAAAAAUCAACUGGUCAAAACUGCUUCUUUCCAUAUGCAGUGUGAGGACAUUACUUCUUUGCAAAAGAUGGAAAACGUUUAUUUAAACACUGCAUUUGUUAUCCAAACAAGCUUUUGCUUUUUGUAAAAUACAAUAAUUUAUCCAGAAAAAAAAAACAUGAAAUAGCCAGUUUACCAAUAAAGAGUAUGUCUAAAAUAAUUCUUGAAAUUUGACUAAAUCUUCAUUUUUUUCAACACCCACCAUAAAUAAUUUGGUUUCAGGCUAUCAGCACUUGUUCGAGAUUGUUAGUUUGUUACUCCACCUUAUUACUAGCGGACAAAAACAAAAACAUCUUAAACAAAAAUUAAUCUAUAUUUUACUAAUUGACCUAGUAGCAAAAAAAUCUGAGAGAAAUUUAGUUCUAAAAAUUAAUGAUUUAUGCCCG